UCCCAGUAAACGGUUUCCUAAUAAGUUUGUCGACUCAGUCAAAAGUCUCAGGUCUUCUUCAGCACAGCGUGGUCUUCAUUUUGUAAAUUAUGGUCCCAUUUAGAAGAAAAUAGACUAUAAAGCAGGGUAUUCAUUCAGACGUGGCUAUCUUGUAAAUGACAAGUUGCCACGUCUCCUUGGGAUCUCAGUUAUUUCAAAUCAGGACAGAGGUGUAGCAAUUCAUCCAAAUAUGAUCACUUUGAGUUCAGAAAAUCAUGUAUAAACCUCAAUACUUCAAAAUGGUAAUCCGCAAGUCAGUGGGUGACAUCAUGGCUGUGUCUGUUAUUUGUUAUACAGGUUAUGGUUAUUUCACAGAUAUGUGUGUGUAAUUAUGCUUCCCUGAGAAUAAUUUGAGUGCAUGUUGCACAGUUAGUACCUACAAAUGUGUGUAACAAAAAUGAAUCUAUUCACAUGGAAAUAAAAAGCAGUCAGGACUUAUGUUGAGUCUAGCCAACAACUACAGUCCAGUACAUACAUCCCAUAGUUUACCUCAUUUCAUAGGUGUGGGUGUGGUUGUGUGUGUGCAUGCAUUUGAGUUUGUGUGUGCAUUGUGGGGUGCACAAAGAGCAAAGCCAGUGUCAUUCGACAUUGGCUCCCUUCUGUUUUUACACACACAACUCACACACAAGCGAGUGCAGCCUGUAGGACAACAGGGUAAACACAGCCCCCCUCAGGCCGGAACCUAAUUGUUAGCCCCUGGUGUGGCUAGUCCAGGGAUUAGCUACUGGCUGGGGAAUACUAUUCACUCCCUCUUUCAUUCCCUCUGCCCACUGGGCCUUAUCACCAUCAAUCUGACACCCUGUUUAUCUGACGCUGCAGCCAGAUCUGCUGGCCUAGGAGAAAUGUUCACAAAGGCCAUGGAUCAUCAGCACUUUGAUUGUGGGACCCCAAACUGCCAUUACUCUCUUCUGUCCCCAGUGAUCCCAGCAGCCCUCUGUCUCCUCGAUCUCCAUGCAGUGGUUAGUCCCAGUCCCAGAACCUGGAAAGCCAACCUGAAGGCUUGUCACUUUGUGUCUGUCAUUUGUGCUUCUCUUCCCUCUUAAACAAAAGUGGUUCCUCAGCCAGCUUUUGUAUGCUGUAUUUGUGUUCCAGUGGAUGGGAUCUCCAUGUGGAUUGGUUUGUUGCUGCACACUGUUUUUUUCUGCCUUUUGUGCAACCUUGGCUGCCUUAUUAUACCUAACACCAGGGACUUGACAACAAGAGUACAAUCUGGAGUUUACUGCAACCAUCUGAUCACUUUCAGUUUAGCUUCAUUGUCUUAGAGAAGAAAAAAGAAGAAGAAAGAAAAAGAAACAGAAUUUGCCAUCAUGGCUUCUUUUAAACUGGAUUUUCUCCCUGAGAUGAUGGUGGACCAUUGUUCUUUGAAUUCUAGUCCUGUUGGGAAGAAGAUGAAUGGGUCUUUAGACCACCCCGACCAACCAGAUGUUGAUGCCAUUAAGAUGUUUGUGGGCCAGAUUCCACGGUCCUGGUCUGAGGAACAGCUUCGUGAGCUAUUUGAACCAUAUGGAGCAGUCUACGAGAUCAAUGUUCUUCGAGAUCGCAGCCAGAAUCCACCACAGAGCAAAGGCUGCUGUUUUAUAACAUACUAUACUCGCAAAUCAGCCUUGGAAGCACAGAAUGCUCUGCACAACAUGAAGAUUCUGCCAGGGAUGCACCACCCAAUCCAGAUGAAGCCCGCUGACAGUGAGAAAAACAAUGCAGUGGAGGACAGGAAGCUGUUUAUUGGAAUGAUCUCUAAGAAAUGUAACGAGAACGACAUCCGACUGAUGUUCUCACCAUACGGACAGAUAGAGGAAUGCCGGAUACUUCGAGGCCCCGACGGACUCAGCCGUGGUUGUGCAUUUGUGACAUUCACAGCUAGACAAAUGGCCCAGUCCGCAAUCAAGUCCAUGCAUCAAUCCCAGACCAUGGAGGGGUGUUCAUCGCCCAUCGUUGUGAAGUUUGCAGACACUCAGAAGGACAAGGAGCAGAAGCGAAUGGCCCAACAGCUACAGCAGCAGAUGCAGCAGCUCAGUGCUGCUUCUAUGUGGGGAAAUCUUACUGGGCUCAACAGCCUGGGGCCACAAUACCUAGCACUCUACUUACAGUUGCUGCAGCAGUCAGCCUCAACGGGGAAUGCGCUCAACAACCUGCACCCUGUUUCAGGUCUUAAUGCCAUGCAGAACCUAGCUGCUCUAGCAGCAGCAGCAACUGCCACACAGGCCACUGCCACAGGCUCCAGUGCCAUGACAACAUCUAGCAGUCCAUUAAGUGCACUAACAAGCUCAGGCUCCUCCCCCACCUCCAGCAGCAACUCAUCGGUAAACCCCAUGGCUUCCUUGGGGGCCCUGCAGUCUCUGGCUGCUGGUUCUGGAGCUGGCCUCAACAUGGGAUCUCUGGCAGGCAUGGCAGCACUGAAUGGCAGCCUCAGCUCUGGAGGCCUGUCUAACGGCUCAGGAAACACCAUGGAGGCACUGAGCCAGGCCUACUCAGGCAUUCAGCAGUACGCUGCUGCCGCCCUCCCCAGCCUAUACACCCAGAGCCUGCUGUCCCAGCAAAGCGUCUCAGCAGCAGGCAGCCAAAAGGAAGGUCCAGAAGGUGCCAACUUGUUCAUCUACCACCUGCCGCAGGAGUUUGGAGACCAGGACCUGCUCCAGAUGUUUAUGCCCUUUGGAAAUGUCAUCUCUGCUAAAGUGUUUAUUGACAAACAGACAAACCUCAGCAAAUGUUUUGGUUUUGUGAGCUAUGACAACCCCGUCUCAUCACAGGCAGCCAUCCAGUCAAUGAAUGGUUUCCAGAUCGGUAUGAAGAGGCUGAAGGUGCAGCUGAAGCGCUCAAAGAAUGACAGCAAGCCGUACUGAGGGUGCUGAGGCACCGCAGACUUAGUUAGGCAGGGUGGAGUUAUGGUAAGUGGAGUAUGAAUAAGCAACUAAGACUGGUCCUCUCAGAAACUUGUCUGUGCAUUACAGGGUAAUGUCUGCUGCGCUGCCUCACCUGGUCAUUACAUGUCCAGGUAAAGAGACACAUGAAGCUACAUGCAAGAUUUUUCACGCUAGACUGGAUUCUUCUUGUGUUAUGUUGUGGUUUACGCACUUUGUUUUUCCUUUUCACAAAUAAGAGAAACAGGUGUAUUUUCAUUUAAGUUGAAAUGUUUGCUGUGGUAUAUUAUACACAUAUGAGUUGAUUGUUAGGAUGUGUUGCACAUUGCACAGUCAGGUGCCAAAUCCAUCUGUUUUUAUUUCCUGUUCACCUUCCCCUGCACCACCCAGACCAGGCAUAAAUCACUCAGCAGCUGGAAAAGACAGAGCCACUUUUGAUUUGGAAACAGAAAUCAUUACUGCUCGUACAUUUUUCACAAACCAAAAUGUGUGACUUUCCCUAAUAAUAUUUUGUCUGUACUAUCUCUCAAAAUGGAGACAAUGUAUGUGAUAUCCACCUAAAUUAAUUGUAAGGUUUAAGGUAAGAUGAAGGAGGAGCUCCACCAAAACCUUCACAUGGCAUUUAGAAUAUUCUUUGUCCUUAUUCUGCGUUCGCGAAACAUUUCCUGUUGACAGAGGGAGUGAAGAGCUGUUGUUAAUGACACACAUGCUUAAAUCUGACUUAUUGUUUGGGUGUAGCAGCGUUUGCAUGACUCACAUUUGCCAGGUUCCCUCAGGUGGGUGGCUGUGCAUUCGGGUCGUUUUGUAAACAAACACUGGCUAGAACUGAUUUUACAUGAGUAUUUGCAUGCAGAGCAUUGCUUUUAUUGUAUUUUUCUUUAUCUGGAGGUUAGUAAGACACGUUUUUAAUGCAGUUAAAAUUGCAUGUAGUGAAGUAGUUCUGACUUUUCCCAAGGACUAAAACACAGCAUGUUUUGGCGGUGCUCCUCCUGUGCUUCUGCACUUUGAGUGACAGGUCGGGCUGAUGUGGCUGCGAAGACCAACUGUCAGCUGUAGCGAGCAAUACUGUGAAAUUUGGCAAUAAAAACUAACAUCACAGACUUGUUCCACUCAUCUUAAAAUCAAAGAGUCUGUCUAAUGCAGAUGUAAUUCUUUGUAUAAAUACAUUCUUUGGUUUUAGUUAGUUUCUACCUUGAAUCCAAGUGUUUUGUAAGAAAUCAUCAACAUCCCUCAGCUAUUGUCCUGCUAGCUAGCGGCUAGCUAAUCUAUAGAGGGCUACACUACUCUGUCUCUCACUGAAUAUCUUUUGUGAUUGGAGAAUUCAUAUAAAUGUCAAAUUGCUCAAGUAAAACCUGUAGGUUGCUUGCAAGAAUGUUUUUUUUUUUUAUAGAACUAGGAAGUGAGACAAUUGUUGAGAUGUAUAUUUAAACUAUUAUGCCUUUUCUAUUUUUAUAUAGGUUUUAUACUUCCCCUGUGUGUCGGGGAACUAUUUAUUGCCUAAAUUAUUUAUCUGAAUUGAAAUUAUUUUGAAAAACAAAAUGUAAAGUCCAACAACUCCAUUUGAUCUCGUGGUGUGUGUCCUCUCCUUGCCUGUUAAGCAUUGUUUCCUUUUGGAGAUGUAAACUGCGUGUCAUGUGGCAUGGACUCUGUGUGCGUGUGUGUGUGUGUGUGUCAGUGCUGCUACAGACUUCAUAGACCUCCUCUGUGUUAAACAUGCCUUCCUCUGAAUAAAUCGCUCAUUUUCCAAAACUACAGGGAGCAUAGUUUAUUCUAAAAGUCCAUCUCAGUUGUUGGUCCUGUCUUUUCUGUCUGAUUCCAGGUCCAAGUCCAAAUAUUGAGUCAGACAUAAAACCAUAUGUGAUAAGAGCAUGAUGCCCAGAGAAUCUCUCACUGCUACACUCAUGUCAAAGCAGUUGACAUGAAGGUCACCAUGCUUGGUGUAAUAUUGUCACUUUUACUUCAUGUUCUGUUAGUGCUGGAAGUUUUUUGGUAUAUUGUAUACCAAUGCUUUCUUGCUAUUGCACAAAAAAUUCUGAUAAUGUAUCAGGGACAGUCAUUGCUGAUCCAGCUUUGUUGUGAUUUGACAGUGACCGCUGUUGGAUUCUGUGUCUGUUUUUAAUAGUGGUAGGGUUAUGGCUGACUUGUGAAUCAUUAUUCAAGUGAACUGGACUACUGACAAACUACUGCAGGAUUAGAAUAUUAUUAUUUAUUAGAAUAAUGAACUCUACUGUCUGUGGUUGUCAGCAGGCAGCAUAAUGUCAAUCACUGUCAAUCAGAUAAAUAGGUGUUAUAUUGAUGCAUUUACUGUUAAGCUGCUAUCUUUGUUAUGUGUUGAAGUGAAAUAUUACAACUGUAAGCGAAACAAGGAAAAUGGCUGGCUUUACCACUGCUAUUUACAAGGUAUCAGCCAUUUGAGGGCUUUUUAUGAACUCAGUGAGGAUCACCUAAAUUCACUCUCAGUUUUUAUCUCAAUGUGGUUUGAGCAUCACAUCUUUAUAGGAACCUACUGCUUGUUUUGCUCACAUCAGACAUGAGAAGUUACAGAUCCUGUUAUGUCUCUUUGUGUUAGGCCUUGUUUAAACAUGUCUUAAAUAGAAAGAGACUUAUUUUAAGGGCCCAAGUAAAAAAAAAAAAAACAUUCAAUGAAGAGCCCAAAAGUAACAGUAUGUUGGUCGCUCAACACUUUCUAAAUUCUUUGUUGUUUUUCCGUGGCUCUCAGCCCCAAGCCAAAGGUUCAUACUGAAGAUGUAAACAUUAGUUCAGUAAUUUCCUGCCACAGUGUUAGCAACUCAAAGAGGAGGAAAUAGUGCAUUUGAUGGGGACUGUUUUCAGCAGUGGAUUAAUACAUAUUUUUCAGGGUUGUACGUGUCUGUGUAUGUUGUGUGUGUGUGUGCAUACACAUGCAUGUAUACACAUACCAUAUGAAUUUUCACAUGGAAUUUGAUAGGAACAUCCAUGUUUAAAUGGAAGGACAAUAGUAUAGUAAAAGUAAUAUCUAUUAACUACAAAUCAUGUAUACUUUUCAUUUCUACUGACCAUUUUCAGUACAUUUAAGAUGUAUUUUACUCUCUGUUGCAGGCAGCUAUUGGUUUCCAUUCAUUUCUUUUAUGGUGUGAAUAUCAAACGAGAAGCUAUAGAACAAAUGGUCUAAGCCAUCAGAGUGAACAGCAAGUCUGUAGUAGUCUUGGUCAGGGCUGCAGUGAAGCAAUGCAGACUAUAUACCUGACAGAGUUAAUCAUUUCAGUCAGUUUUCAGGCAAAAAUGUUCAAUGUUUGCUGAUUCCUUUUUCUUAAAUGUCAGGAUUUUCUGCUUUUCUUUGUCAUUUAUGAUACUAAAUGAAGACUCUUUGGGUUUUGGACUGUUUGUUGGACAAAAGAAAAAAUGUGAAGAAUACAUUUAGUUUUCUGAGAAAUUGUGAUGAGAAAUCUUCACAUAUUUUUUCUGACAUUUUACAAAAUACUUGAUUGUAGGCUAAUCAAGUAAUACAUUAAUUGAUUUAUUGUGAAAAUAAUCAUCUGAUUAGUCAGUAGUGAAAAUAUUCGCCCGUUGCGGCACUAACUUACUAAGCUACAGCAGUGUAGAUGUGACAGAAAUCAAUCACUCAAUCGAAUCUGUCACUCACUGAAAUGAACGGAAACUGUUGAUUGCCUUCAAUGGUAGCAAAAUCUCAUCUAGAAUUCUAAAGCACAACAACAUUAUUUGCACAAAGGUCAGCUGUGAUGUUAUAUAAUUUAUGAUAAAUGGGAUAAAACAUGCAGAACUACUGGUAUGGUACAUUUUACAAAUCUAUUGACAUUCAGUCAUUUGAAGUAGCAUGCAGUAUGGAAUGUUCAUUUAUAAUUGAUUAGGGCAAAACACACUCCAGUCUUUAUAUAUGAUUAGCUGUUUUUAGAUUUCCAGGACUCUGGAGGCCUGGUCUGACCCAUCACUGAUCCUGUGCUGCCAUUUUAUUUAGGCUGUCAUAUGUGUGUGUCGCUGCUGUUGUUGUCAUCCACCUCAGUUCCUGUCCUCACUCUGUCCCUGACACUUACUGUUCAGACUGUAAUCUAGCCUACACAGUGAUGAUCAUUCUUGGUUUCUUUUCUCUGUCCUGUCUGUGUUCCAUUGCUGUUUAACCUAGUUUGUCUCCCUGUUGUGUUUUUCUUUUUGUUUUUGUUUUCUAGAUCUCUUCCUGUUUGCCCUAGCAUGUUGAUGUGGCGUCACAGUUCAUCGUCCAGUCCUUGUCUUCUGCGCUUCUCUGAUGCUUCCAAAUUCAUCUUUGAACUUGUGUUUGACAUUGAAUACUAGGAGGUUUUUUUUUUUGUUUUGUUUUUUUUUUAACCCCCAUAUGUUGUCUGUGCUGCCAACAGGGGGCACUAGAAAGACUGCCACUGAACAUAUUUCAAGAUUCCAUCAGAAUUAUUACAAGCCAAAAGAGAAUCUAUUUUUCUAGAACUUGCAUAACCACUGGAUUUUUGCAAAAUCAGCUCACAAUGAGUCUGGCCUUUAACUUUCUUUAUAUCUCCUGUGUUGUGGAGCAGUCCUCCCAGUGCCCCUACCCUCUGGUUUUGUUGUGUUUUUUUUGUGUGAAAGCAGCUAAUCUCUCUCUAGGUGAUGUUGUGUGUGAGUGUUGGUGUGUGUCUCCUUAGUUAGAAAACCUUUUCAAGCAAGUUAGUGACCAUGUGUUGUUGGACAUUUGUGAUUUAAUGCUAGGCUAGCAUUAAAGGGAUCAUCCUUGGGAUUUCCCAUUUGAGUGAUGUUUUGAGAGGGUAACAUGUAAAAAAAAAAAAUAUAUAUCAGUUUUUACUUUAAGCCUGUCGGCUCACCACCGCAAGCUCAUGAUGCUGUUCUGCUCUCUUUUUGUGUGGCGAAUCAGACACAAAGACUUAUGUCACAGUAUAUUUAGUAUGCAUGUUUUUUUUUAUAUCUGCACUGAAAUUCUUGGCAAAAUGUGAUCUAGUUUCUGUUAAGUUAAAAAUGAUGAAUAAAGUGGUGCCAAAUGUUUUGCACAAUCAGUA